GCGUUGCGAAUCUCGGGACCCCUUUCGGAGAAACCAUGGCGCUUAACAAGAAUCACUCGGAGGGCGGCGGAGUGAUCGUCAACAACACAGAGAGGUGAAAACACUGCGGAAGGAUCCUAGAGAACCAUAGGACUGGUGUUUGGAGUCAUCCUGAUGUCCUAUGAUCAUGUGGAACUUACAUUCAGUGACAUGAAGAAUGUGCCAGAAGCCUUCAAAGGGACCAAGAAAGGUACCGUGUACCUUACCCCUUACCGGGUCAUCUUUCUGUCCAAGGGCAAGGAUGCCAUGCAGUCCUUCAUGAUGCCGUUUUAUCUGAUGAAGGACUGUGAGAUCAAGCAGCCUGUGUUUGGUGCAAACUAUAUCAAGGGAACCGUGAAGGCUGAAGCAGGAGGUGGCUGGGAAGGAUCUGCCUCUUACAAGUUGACCUUCACAACAGGGGGUGCCAUUGAGUUCGGACAGCGCAUGCUCCAGGUGGCAUCACAAGCUUCCAGAGGUGAAGCCCUCAGUGGAGCCUAUGGGUACCCUUACAUGCCCAGCGGGGCCUAUGUUUUUCCCCCACCAGUCGCCAAUGGAAUGUACCUUUGCCCUCCUGGCUACCCCUAUCCACCGCCCCCACCUGCAGAGUUCUAUCCAGGACCUCCCAUGAUGGAUGGAGCCAUGGGAUACGUGCAGCCCCCACCACCACCCUAUCCCGGACCCAUGGAGCCCCCGGUCAGCAGCCCCGAUGUUCCCUCCACUCCUGCAGCUGAGGCCAAGGCCGCAGAGGCAGCUGCCAGUGCCUAUUACAAUCCGGGGAACCCACACAAUGUCUACAUGCCCACGAGCCAGCCUCCACCACCCCCCUACUACCCCCCAGAAGAUAAGAAGACCCAGUAGACUCCGCCCAGCUCCCUGCCUUCCAUUCUCAUGGCUCUUUCCUACCCUUCCUCUGUGGGACUGGCUGCACCUGCGCUGGGGGAUGGGCGGGGCCUUGUGCUUCCCCAGGGCUGAUGAUAAACAGUGACCAGGAAGUAGCUUUUUUGGGAAGUGUGGAGCGGCGCCCCAGCCUCUCCGCCACUGCCAUGGCUUCCUCACCGUCUUGGGUUGUCAGGAGCACAGAGUGUCCUGUGGUUCCUGUCCUAUGCUCCUUCCCACCCGAGGGAAGAUCACCUCUGGUCACCUCUUCCACCACAGUCCAGCCCCAACAGUCUGGUAGCAAUUCUGGACUCAGCCUUGUGAGCUUCAUGAAACCAGCCAUGUGUGUCUCCCGCCUAUUUUUUUGCCAGGGCUUGCUGACAUUCCUCCUGCUGGUCUGUGGCUGACCUUGAGCCGCUGUCCUGACACACCCAUAGCCCACAUUCCAUUUGGCCAGGCCCAGCCUCCAGUCAUGUCCACCCCCCUCCCCUGUUCUUGGGCAUUCUGUUGCCACCUGUGGCUUCGAGGGCUUUACUGUGUAGCGGGAGUUGGGUGGCAUCAGGGCACAGACUCCUGCAGCCAAGAAGGAAUCCCCUGUGCUCUCUGCUAGUGAUUCUGAAAUUUGGUUUCCCGCUUAUCUCCUUUCCAUCUACACGAGGCUUCCUGUCAGGAGCCGUAGAGUGCAUGUCUGUCCCAUCAUCUGGGGGCCGCAGGGCAGGCUGGGAACCAGGGCCCCACCCUGUGUGCUGACCCCUCGAAAUGACAGGUCCUUCAGCCUUUUCUUCCUGGACGCAGGGCCUUUAACUUCCCAUGUCCCCAGAUGCACGAAGAUUUGUUCUUGAUCGUCUCCUGGACGGGCCACGAAGUGAGGAGAUGGUUAUUUAAAGAGAUUAUCUAUUUAUUUGACAAAAAUUUAGUUAAUAUAUUAAUGUGAAAUAAACCCUGUUUGCACCUUGAUUUGUUUGCUAAAACUGUGAAAUAGUAAAAAUGAAGUAAUGAC